AUGGAUAACUCUAAAGAAGUCAUCAUCAUUGGCGGCGGUAUAUCCGGCCUGGGAAUGGCUGUCCAACUCAAGCGUUUGCUUGGACACAAUAACUUUACAAUCUACGAAAAGUCCGAUAAUAUCGGCGGCACUUGGUGGCACAAUCGAUACCCGGCGUGUGCCUGUGAUAUCCCCAGCCAUUUCUACUCCUACAGUUUCGCAUUGAAGCCAGACUGGACAACUACCUAUCCCGCACGGGAUGAACUCCACGAAUAUUUUUACUCGGUCGCGCAAAGAUUCAACAUUCUUCCCCACUGUCGCUUCAACACAACCUGUACCGGACUAGUGUGGAAUGAGGAGACUGCGCGUUGGGUCUGUACGUUUGAGAACACUCUCACUGGCGAAAAAUUUAUUCAUGAGGCUCCUGUUGUUGUUAGCGCUAUCGGGACACUGGAUAGGCCGCUCAUACCUGAGAUUGAGGGUGCGGAUACCUUCGAGGGCAAGAUGUUCCACAGUGCCCGGUGGGACGAUUCCCUCGAGACGACAAAUAAGAACAUUGUUGUCCUGGGCAAUGGUGCCUCGGCCACUCAGUUCGUCCCCGAACUUGUCAAAGCUACUGCGCCGAAGGGCAAGGUAACCCAAAUUGUUAAAAGUGCGCAUUGGUGGACUAAGAGAGGAAAUCCUACAUACUCCGAAUGGUGGAAGUUUGUUAUGGCACAUGUCCCAUUCGCAGCUCGUCUUUACCGUAUACACUUGGCGUGGCAGCUGGAGUCUGUGUUCUACUCUUUUCUAAUGACCCCAAGCGGAGCCCGGAUGCGACAAAAGAUUCGUGACGACACGACUAAGUUCAUCAUGGAUGAUGCCCCCGCUCAAUAUCGCGCCAUUCUCAUGCCCGACUAUGAGCCUGGAUGCAAGCGACGCGUAAACACUGCAACCUAUUUCAAGGCACUCCAUUCUCCAAACAUGGACCUGACAAAAGACAGGGUCAUCAAGAUCUUGCCUCGCCAUGUUGAGACCGUCGGCGGAGAGAAGUAUCCCGCCGAUGCCAUCAUCUUUGCAACUGGUUUCCUGACCCAGAAGUGGCUGUACCCUAUGGAAAUCAAGGGGAUUGGUGGCCAGGAUAUGCAAGACGUUUGGAAUGCCAAAGGCGGUGCUGAGGCAUACAAGGGCACUGUCGUUACCGGAUUUCCUAACUUCUUUAUCCUAUACGGCCCCAACGCUGCUACGGGCCAACACUCAGUCAUAUUCCACUCCGAGUGUCAGAUCAACUAUUCCUGCCGCCUUCUUCGGCCCGUUCUUAAGGGACAAUCUCCCGCUGACUAUAUCAUGGUAAGACCUGAAGCGCAGCACCGAGAUCUCAACUGGGUUCAAAGUAAACUACAAUCCUUAGUUUUCAACAGUGGAUGCCAGAGCUGGUGGAUGGAUCCAGCAACGAAGAAGAACACCUUUAUAUACCCCGACCCCAUGUUCAAGUACUGGCUUAGAACAAUCUUCCCGGUUUGGUCCGACUUUGAGUUGAGAAGACCGUAUCAGCGGGGAUCCAGUUCCAAGCUCAAAGUACUGAUGACUACAGUCCUCAGCAUAGGUGUGACCGGCCUUGCUGCCAAGUGGCUCAUGGAGCCGAGAGGAUGGACCUGGGCGGCUGAUAUUUUGACCAUAAAAUAG